UUGUUAUUUUGAAUGGCUCCUAUUUGGGAAGCCGCUUAGACCUGCCCCAAGUCUGCGUGUGUUUUCGAGUAUUUCCUGGGGGAGGAACCAAACGAUGGCUGAUUCCAAAGGAAGAGCUUGUGGUACAGAGUCCCUAUCAUGUUAUUAAAAACCACGGCGGGCGAGCACCCACACUGAAACUUGUUGUGAAAGGCCUGCAAUUUUGAAAGCAGACUUCACCCCGCCUUACCUGGAGAUCUCAGCACUGCUGUGCAUCUAGACUUAACUAUAUCGUUUUGCAACAAGGAUUGCGUUACCAUGGAACCUAGCAGCUGCCAACUUCACAGUGCUUUGAGGCGCUCAUCAGAGCUUGGGCGUGCAGUCCUGAAGCGUGCUCGGAAUAGGAGAGUACAUUGGUCGCCAGAUGAUCCGUCAUGCGGUGCAGAAAGCGAAUCAGUAGAGUCUUCAGUUCAGAAAGAUGAGGCUAAACAAGAAUGGAGUGACAUUGAUGAAGCUUUUGCUUCAGUUCUACAAUGUUUGGCUCAUGCUACCAGACAGUGUAAGCACUAUUAUAAGGAUGUACCUCUAAAUGAAACAGACAAAUUGGAAGAAAACCAUAUUCGUCGAUACCACAUGGGGCCAUCAAUAACCAAAGUUCCUGUUAGAUACACUGAUAAGGUUCAUAUUCAAGUUGCACCAGGUUCUUACGCAGUGACAGCAAAAUCCAAAAUUUCAGAGAGACAACAGACGCGUGUGAUACAUUUGGGUCCAAAUCAGACGAUCAAUCUUGCCUUUCAUGUCUGAAGUAUGGGCAAGAAAGAUUUGGACAGCUUAUGACAAUAACCCAGUGGCCCUACAUUUAUUUUCAUUUAGGGACAUUUGGAACUUUGAAUAUCUGCACAAUGGUCAUCUUUUACAAUUAAAAUAUUUUUUCUCUGAACAUUUGAGAACUGAGUGAAGCAACCAUUUUUUGAAGUGUAAUGUUGCUUAGUUCAUUUGAAUGUAAUACAGUUUUAAAAUGGAACAUAAUUGAAUUAUAUAAUGUAUUUUAUUAUGGUUUUAUGUGACAACUUUUAUUUUUAAUACAGCUCUUGUACUUUUAUAAAAGUGAUUAAUUUUCAAUAGACUUGACCAAUAUUUGUUUUAAUAACCACUUUCAUAAUGUGACAAACGGAUUGAAUGUGUUUUCUUACUGCCACAAUCAGUGUUUUGCAUGGUAAAAUGUUUAUUUUCCUGCUCUUUGUAUGUAUUCCAAUUAAAUAUCAGCAUGCUUUUGUGAAUUUUAAAUUAUUAUUUUAAAUCCUCAUAGUUACCUAGAAUUGAAUGAGCCCCACCCACUCAGUCACAGAAACACAGAUUGGAUGCAAAUAAAGAUGUUUGUACUUUGCAGCUUA